AUCUGUGCCAACUAUAUACUCUAUGUACAUUCGCACCAUUCAUUCUUCCCUUCCAAAUAAAGACGCGAACGGAGCUGCAAGUAAUUUCAGUUUUUUAUUUAAUUUCACCGAGAAUCUAAGUGCUUCCCUGUUCAUGGUCCUUCUUCGCCGACAUAAAAGUGUUUGAAACAUUUUAAGAAGAAAAUCACAGUGGAUCCUUCAUUAUAGUGAAAUUAAAACAUACUAACUACAACAGUGAGCAGUUUUGGAUUGCCAUUUUACUGUGGCUUAUUGCAAAGCGAACAUUCGUUGAUUCGCUCACUCAAGGUCACGCGGUCCAGUGUACGCCACGAUUUCGGUUCCGUUCCGGUCAUUCGUUCCGUUCGUUCCCGUCACACGAAAAACGACGCAAUUUAUCGCCAUUUUGUUUAUUCAUUUGUCUAUUUGCAGUGUAAAACAAUUUUAUUAAUAUUUUGUGUGAACAAGCGAGCUUACAACAAUGGAUAAUACGAACGAACAGUUAUUGAAGCGUCGUUCUGUCCUGAAGGGAUGCCUUACAAGGUUGGACAACGGUUUGACACCAGAAUUUCUACAAACUGCGUCAGCGCAAAUGUUGAAAUUAAAAGAAGAACGCGCACAAGAAAUUUUUCAUGAAUAUAUGGAAUUGCUGUCACAAAUCGAGGACGAUGACGAUGAUGAUCCCACGAAGAUGGAAGAUAGAUACUUCCACUGCAUGGACGUGCUCCGAGUAAAACAACAACAGUUGUCCACGCUGUUAAAAAGUGAUUCCUCCAAUCGCGGCAUAAGUGCUCCAGUGAAGUUACCAAAUAUUAACAUACCCGAUUUCAAUGGUAAUUAUUUGGAAUACAAACAAUUCAUCGAACUAUUUACUGCAUUGGUAGAUAAAAAUGAAACUAUACUAGAUAUUCAAAAAUUCAUGUAUUUGCGUAGCUUUCUGAAAGGCGAAGCCUAUGAUUUAAUAAAAAAUAUACCUGUCCAAGGGUCCAGCUACGCUGAAGCCCUCACAUUGUUAAAAGAUAGAUAUGACAAUUCACAUAAAAUUGUACAUGAACAUAUUUCUAAGAUUUUAGAUAUAAGUCCAAUAGGUAGAUCGAAUGUAACUUCAUUGAGGAAUUUCAUAUCAGAGGCAAAACAGCAUGUUGCAGCGCUCAAAAACUUAAAGGAGCCAGUAGAUCACUGGGAUAGUAUAUUGGUGUGCAUUUUAACACGAAAGCUUGACCAAUUUACAAGCAGGGCAUAUUGUUUAGAUAGAGAUGUGUCUAUUAAACCCACCUUUUCAGAUUUUAUAAUGUACCUGGAAGCCAGAGCACUCGCAUUCGAGAACUCUGACAACGGCAGGGCAACAACAAGUGGAUGUCCACCUCCAAGAAGGAGCCAAGGUGAAUUUAAAGUAGCUAAUGUAGCCUCCAAGGAAGAGAAACAAUGCCUCUUCUGCAUCGUUGCUGCCCCAGCCUGAAGAGCAGCACAAGUCCAGUGAUCCUGCACAGCCGCGCCUGGUUGCGACAACCUUCGGCUAUGUAGUUGCAGGCAACAUCCCGGAGCAACCUUGCCAGAAUACUGCUGUCUCCCUAUUUUGUCAAAAUUGUGAGUCCGAUAUUAGCAGCACAAUUAAUAAGUUUUGGCAAUCAGAGGCUGUCCCGGAAAUAUUCACUGAACAUACGUCUGAACAAGCAUACUGUGAACAGUAUUUUAAAGACACUGUAAAGCUAAUAAAUAACAAGUUUGAAGUCUCAAUGCCCCUCAAAAUCCCCAUAUAUGACAUAAAUAAUACACUGGGCGAUUCACUAGGCUUAGCAUUGCGAAGAUUUCUCAAUUUGGAGAAAAGACUUCAAAAAGAUCGCUCUCUAUUUGAUGAAUAUCAGAAAUUCAUCCAUGAAUAUAUUGACCUCGGUCAUGCAAGUUAUGUAGAUAUCACAAGUUAUGAUCUAUCACGAGAUGCGGUGUAUUUUAUGCCUCAUCACCCCGUCAUUCGGGAGAAUGCUGUCAGCACACGCCUGCGUACAGUAUUUGAUGGAUCCAUGAACACUUCAAACAAAAUUUCAUUAAAUGAUUUAAUGUUAAAUGGUCCUGUAGUCCAAAACGACUUGUUCGACAUAUUAGUGUUGUUCAGACUUAACAGGUAUUUUUUCACAUGUGACAUCAGACGUAUGUUCAGAAAUAUAUCCAUAGAGAAAAGCCAACGAUCAUUACAAAAUAUUCUAUGGCGAGACAAUGAUAAAGAUCCAAUUAAAUGUCUGCAAUUAAAUACUGUCACAUACGGGUUAAAAAACUCGUCAUUCCUAGCCACAAGAUGCUUGAAUGAGCUAGCAGAAAGAUAUAAAAAUGACUAUCAAUUAGCAUGUCCAGUAAUAUUAUCAUCAACCUAUGUUGAUGACAUUUUAUAUAGUCACAACAAUCUCAACACAAUAAUUCAAACUAAAAAUCAACUUGUUGAAUUGUUAAGUAAAGGGAGCUUCACUCUACACAAGUGGUCAGCUAAUGAUGCCAAAAUUAUAGAAAAUAUUCCUAUAGAGCAGCGGUAUUCUGGAGAGAUUACUCUUCAAAAGGACAUCAAAACGUUGGGUUUAAAUUUUAAUGAAAAUUCAGACUCAUUUACAUUCUCUCCAUUGCCCAAACAAUCUGUGAAAACUAAAAGACAAAUCUUAAGUUUCAUAAGUCAGUUUUAUGACCCAUUAGGAUUAAUUGGACCAAUUUUUGUCAAGGCUAAACAAAUAAUACAAAGUCUUUGGAAGUCCAAUACGGAUUGGGAUUCUGUUCCUCCAGCUGAUAUACAGAAGGAAUGGCAAGCCUUUUAUGAUGAGUUAUCAAGUAUGCCUAAAAUCUCAAUCAAGAGAAAUACAUGUUUGUAUGAUAAUAAAAAAAUGCAAUUAAUUGGUUUUGCAGAUGCAUCUAACGUCGCAUACGGCUGCGCAGUCUACAUGAGAACAGUGAAUAGCAAUGAUGAAGUGAGCAUGUCCCUGUUAUGCUCCAAGUCGCGCAUUAACCCCGCGAACAGUACAUUAACCAUACCUCGACUGGAGCUCAACGCAGCUCUGCUCUUGGCUAGAUUAAUGUCUCGAGUCUAUAAAAAUAUCAAACAACAUCAAACAGUUCAUAACGUACAUCUGUUCACUGACUCUCAGGUAGUACUAGCGUGGUUAAACACAGAUGCCAUCAAAUUAAAUGCAUAUGUAGCUAAUCGAGUUAAAUUUAUAAAUGAGCUCACAGAAAACUUUACAUGGGGUUAUGUAACUACAGAAAGUAAUCCAGCAGAUUGUUUGAGCCGUGGAGUCAAUCCCUGCAACUUACAAAACCAUCACCUAUGGUGGUCAGGGCCAACAGAGAUGUCUAACUCUAAUUAUAAUUUUACAGAUUAUAGUUAUGAUGUGCCUAGAAUUUUGCCUGAAACAAAAGCUGUACCGUCGCAACGAGACGUAGUAUGUGCAUUGACACAUAGUA